UCCCUUCCCUCCCGUUGCCCCUCUCCUCUUCCUCCCGACCCCGGAUCCGUCCAUCCUGCCUAAAAUACUCGCCACCUUCCAUGAAAUCAGGCACCCACCCUCGACCAAGAAUACUACUCUUUCCAUGAAACUAUCGAGGUAGCACCGGAGUCGGACCCCACGUCCCCACGACGCGUCAACGCCGGUCCUCACCUUACCUUCCAGGAAAAUGCCGGCGUGAGGAGCCCUCACCGUCCCCGUCCGUCCGUCCGCGUGCUAUAUAGACCAGAGUUGGUGGGUGGGGGAAAGCGGAGACAAUUUUCUUGGUUGGUUGACGGAGAAGGAGGGCGCCCGCCAUGGAGAACUACCUCAACGAGAACUUCGGGGGCGUCAAGCCCAAGCACUCCUCCGACGAGGCGCUCGGCCGAUGGCGCAAGGUCGUCGGCGUCGUCAAGAACCCCAAGCGCCGCUUCCGCUUCACCGCUAACCUCGGCAAGCGAUCCGAGGCUGCCGCCAUGAAGCGGACCAACCAGGAGAAGCUGCGUGUUGCUGUGCUUGUUUCAAAGGCUGCACUUCAGUUCAUCCACGGUCUUGCCCCCCAGACUGAGUACACAGUCCCUGCGGAUGUCAAGGCAGCAGGCUAUGGCAUCUGCGCCGAGGAACUGAGCUCGGUUGUCGAGAGCCACGACCUCAAGAAGCUUAAAGCACAUGGUGGCACCGAGGGCCUCUUAUCGAAGGUGUCUACCUCAGAGUCUGAUGGCGUCAGCACGUCAUCCAAGCGCAAGCUUGCGUCCCGGCAGGAGAUCUUCGGCAUCAACAAGUUUGCUGAGACGGAGUCCCGCAGCUUCUGGGUCUUCGUCUGGGAGGCUCUCCAGGAUAUGACGCUUAUGAUCCUUGCUGCAUGCGCGUUCUUCUCGCUCCUCGUUGGCAUUGCCACUGAGGGGUGGCCCAAGGGCGCACAUGAUGGCCUUGGCAUUGUGUCCAGUAUUCUUCUGGUUGUGUUUGUCACUGCGACAAGCGACUACCGGCAGUCCCUGCAGUUCAAGGACCUUGACAAGGAGAAGAAGAAGAUCACUGUCCAGGUCACCCGGAGUGGGUACCGGCAGAAGCUCUCGAUAUACGAUCUUCUCGUCGGUGACAUUGUGCACCUUUCCAUUGGUGAUCAAGUACCAGCUGACGGUUUGUUUGUAUCUGGCUUCUCAUUGCUGAUUAAUGAAUCUAGCCUUACUGGGGAGAGUGAGCCAGUUGCUGUCAAUGCCGAGAACCCGUUCCUUCUGUCAGGCACUAAAGUGCAAGACGGUUCUUGUAAGAUGCUUGUCACCACAGUCGGCAUGAGGACCCAAUGGGGUAAACUCAUGGCCACCCUAACUGAAGGUGGGGAUGAUGAGACGCCAUUGCAGGUCAAGCUGAACGGAGUUGCCACCAUCAUUGGCAAAAUAGGCCUCGUCUUUGCAGUCGUCACAUUUGCAGUGCUCACUGAAAGCCUGUUCCGGCGGAAGAUCAUGGAUGGAUCGUACUUGAGUUGGACUGGUGAUGAUGCACUGGAGCUGCUUGAGUUCUUUGCUAUUGCUGUUACUAUUGUCGUUGUCGCAGUUCCUGAAGGCUUACCGCUCGCUGUUACCUUGAGCCUUGCAUUUGCCAUGAAGAAGAUGAUGAAUGACAAGGCACUUGUCAGACACCUUGCAGCUUGUGAGACCAUGGGCUCAGCAACCUCCAUUUGCAGCGACAAGACUGGCACACUCACAACGAACCACAUGACUGUUGUCAAGGCUUGCAUCUGUGGCAAAGUUAAAGAAGUGGAUAAUUCUUCAGAGACCAAGAGCCUAUUCUCCGAGUUACCAGAUUCUGUCAUGACAAUGCUCUCGCAGGCCAUAUUUAACAACACUGGUGGUGAUGUUGUCGUCAACAAGGAUGGCAAACGCGAAAUACUGGGCACACCAACUGAGACAGCAAUUCUAGAGCUUGGCCUGUCACUCGAUGGAGAUUUCCAGGCGGUGCGAAAAGCAACCACCCUUGUCAAAGUUGAGCCGUUUAACUCGGCAAAGAAGAGAAUGGGAGUGGUCAUCCAGCUGCCUGGGGGUGCAUUCCGUGCCCACUGCAAAGGCGCAUCAGAGAUCAUAUUGGCAUCUUGCAGCAAGUACCUGAACGAUCAAGGAGUUGUUGUCCCCCUUGAUAGUGCAACUGUUGCUCACUUGAAUGCUACCAUUGAUAGCUUUGCAAAUGAGGCACUUCGUACUCUGUGCCUUGCCUACAUAGAAGUCGGUGAUGGGUUCUCAGCUAAUGAUCCGAUUCCCGAGGAUGGGUACACCUGCAUUGGCAUUGUGGGGAUUAAAGACCCAGUGCGUCCGGGUGUGAAGGAAUCCGUCGCAAUCUGCAGGUCAGCUGGUAUUACUGUCAGGAUGGUCACAGGUGACAACAUCAACACAGCAAAGGCAAUUGCCCGGGAAUGCGGCAUUUUGACUGAAGGCGGUCUUGCCAUUGAAGGUCCAGAUUUUAGAACUAGGAGUGCAGAAGAACUGAAUGAAUUGAUACCCAAGAUACAGGUAAUGGCUAGAUCUUCACCACUUGACAAGCACACCUUGGUGAAGCAACUUCGGACUACAUUUGAUGAAGUUGUUGCAGUGACGGGUGAUGGAACAAACGAUGCCCCUGCACUUCAUGAGGCUGAUAUUGGACUUGCAAUGGGCAUUGCUGGAACUGAGGUUGCAAAAGAGAGUGCCGAUGUCAUUAUUCUUGAUGACAACUUCUCAACUAUAGUCACCGUUGCUAAAUGGGGUCGGUCAGUGUACAUCAAUAUUCAGAAGUUUGUGCAGUUUCAACUGACAGUCAACGUGGUUGCUCUUGUUGUGAACUUCUCAUCAGCUUGCUUGACAGGGAGUGCUCCCCUUACUGCUGUCCAGUUGCUCUGGGUCAACAUGAUCAUGGACACACUAGGAGCAUUGGCAUUGGCCACAGAACCUCCAAACGAUGAACUGAUGAAACGGACUCCUGUUGGAAGGAAAGGAAACUUUAUCAGCAACAUUAUGUGGAGGAACAUCAUGGGACAGGCAAUCUACCAGUUCAUUGUAAUUUGGUAUCUGCAGACAGAAGGAAAGUCGUUGUUUGGACUCAAGGGUGAUAACUCUGAUCUAGUCUUGAACACUCUCAUCUUCAAUUGUUUUGUGUUCUGCCAGGUGUUCAAUGAGGUGAGCUCUAGGGAGAUGGAGAGGAUAAAUGUAUUCAAAGGCAUUCUAGACAACAACGUCUUCGUGGCCGUGCUUGGCAGCACUGUCAUAUUCCAGAUCAUAAUCGUGCAAUUCCUUGGUGAUUUCGCGAACACUACCCCGCUCUCAUUCAAGCAGUGGUUCUCCUGCAUCGUCAUCGGCUUCAUAGGCAUGCCUAUCGCUGCGAUUGUCAAGCUAAUCCCGGUCGGUUCAAAUUAGGAUACCAUAACUAAUUUCAGUCAGAAACUGAAGUAAGGUAGUAGGACUACAGUUUGAUGAUGCCAAUGCAGUUCGGGCACUGUCAUGAGCAUAAGAAACUGCUCUUGCUGUGGAUCUAUGCCCUUUUUCUUUUGCAUUUUAUCUAGGGGAUGAGCCCAGAUUGUGCGCUUGAUUCUUCAGAAGUGUUGAAUAGACUCUUGUAGUUAUUUUCUCUAUGUUAUUUUCUUCAUAUUCUUUUCCAUUUCCAUGGAAUGUUCUAGCUUGGAAUUGUGUAUGGAUCUAUAUGAUAAGUUUGCAACAACCUAAAAUACUGGAAACAACUGUUUGGUACUA